UUCUUUUUUACAAAAAAAAAAGAAAAAAGAAAAGUUCAAAAGGAGUUGUAAACCUCUAUCUAAAUGUUUUGUAUUGUGGAGGGGUAGUUGUUGAUUUGAAUAAUAGAGAGCAACAAGGUGGAGGCUUCCUCACUUCCUCUUACCUUUUCUCCUCCCUUUAAAGUCUUGCCUUCCAUUUCCCAUUUUUCACCAUCCCAAAAACUCCUCAUUCUUUCUUUCUUUUUUCUCUCUCUCUACUUUCUCUCUCCUACAUUUUCAUGAUAUUUUCAAGGCUCAACUAACUACAACAUCAUCAUCAUCAUCAUCAUUUACUCUUCUCGUCUAUGCUCAGGGUCGGGCCUGAUAGAAAGAUCAAAUCUAUUUCUACAUUGUGAAAUCAUACAUCGAAGUUUUUUUCUAUAUCGUUUGAGAUAAAAUCAUAUCAUAUUAUACAUACAUAAAUAAUAAUGACAGUGAACAACAAGAUUUCAUGGAGAACGUUUAUGCCUUGUUGUGGUAUAUUGGAUGAACAACAAGUUGCAGUUGCUAAUGUUCCAAAACCGAGGAAAGUAUCCGCUUCAGAUAAUCAAUACUUUCAAAAGAUCGGGUUCGCCCAUAAUUUGAGUGACCCGAAUUCGCUUACCUUAUCCGAGGAUCUAUCCAUUUCUCUUGCGGGUUCUAACAUUCACGAGUUUAAUCUCAAUGAGUUAAGGUUGAUUACUCAGAAUUUCUCCUCUAAUAAUUUCUUAGGGGAAGGCGGGUUUGGCCCGGUCCAUAAAGGGUUCAUCGAUGAUAAAAUUAGACCCGGGUUAAAGGCCCAACCCGUUGCGGUUAAAAUUCUUGACCUCGAUGGUGAUCAAGGACAUCGCGAAUGGCUGGCAGAAGUGAAGGUGCUUGGACAACUAAGACAUCCCCACUUGGUAAAGUUGAUAGGAUAUUGUUGUGAAGAUGAACAUAGAGUUUUAGUAUACGAGUAUAUGCCUCGUGGUAGCCUUGAAAAUCAGCUCUUUCGAAGAUUUUCUGCUUCACUUCCAUGGUUAGCAAGACUUAAGAUUGCACUUGGAGCUGCUAAAGGGCUCGAGUUUCUCCACGAAGCAGAGAACCCAAUCAUCUACCGCGAUUUCAAAGCCUCCAACAUCUUAUUGGAUUCUGAUUUCACUCCAAAACUGUCUGAUUUUGGUUUGGCAAAAGAUGGUCCUGAGGGAGAUGACACUCAUGUGUCCACAAGAGUUAUGGGCACACAAGGAUAUGCUGCUCCUGAAUACAUCAUGACAGGUCAUUUGACAGCAGCAAGUGAUGUAUACAGUUUUGGAGUUGUACUCUUGGAACUUCUUACUGGGAGAAGAUCAAUGGACAAGAAUCGUCCCCCAAGAGAACAAAACUUAGCCGAAUGGGCUAGACCACAACUACAAAGCCAACGACGACUUGCUCGUUUAAUGGAUCCGAGAUUGGAGGAUCAAUACUCUGAGGAAGGGGCCCAACAGGCUGCAUUACUAGCCUACCAAUGUUUAAGCCAUCGACCCAAGAGCAGGCCCACAAUUAGCGUCGUCGUGAAGACCUUAGAACCCUUGUUGGGCCUAGUCCAUGAUAUCCCAACUGGGCCUUUUGUUUACACCGCCCCAAGUGACCAAAGUCCGGCCCACGAUAAAAUGGGUGGCGGCGAAGCAAAGAAAGAAAACGGCCACCAUCACACCACCACCGCCACCACCACCAACCACCAGGAACGUCCUCAGCGCCGCCACGACAUAAAUCGUCUACGAGCACCAAAACCUUCAAGCAUAGUACACUCAGACCCUAAUGUACAAAGAAAUCUAAGAAAUGGGUUUAACUCCCCUGGCCACCACCACAUGGGAAGAGGAGCAUAGACCAUCAGGAAAAUGUGUGUUACUAGUAACAACAUUUGGGAUAAAAAUGCCCCACAAAAAGAGAACAAGAAAAAGGAAACUUCAUAUUUGUAAAUAGAAGUUUGCAAAAUUAAAUUAAUCACCAAGAUAAUUAGAAUAGGAAUACAAUAUACGUUUGAUUUUUUUUUUCUCUUCAUUCUUUGAAUUAUGAGGUUCGUUUUUUUGAUUAGCUAAUUAUUGUGAAAAUUAUACAUAUAUUUUUUGAAUUGUUACAAAGUUGUACCUAGUUGUUAUUAUAAAUGAUGAUUAGAGCGAGGAAUAUGUUAAUGAUACUUGAAGUUGCUUUCUCUUAAAUUUAUUUUAAUUUUAAUUUGUUGUCUC